CGUCAUGUCGGACCUGGAGUCGAGCGAGCUGCGCAGCACCUUCCCGUCCUACGUGGCGGAAGGCGAGCGUCUGUACCUGUGCGGGAACUACCCCAAGGCCAUCCAGAGCUUCAGCAAUGCGCUGCUCCUUCAGACGGGUGACCGGAACUGCCUGGUGGCUCGCUCGCAGUGCUACCUGAAGCUGGGCGACGUGGAGAACUCACUCAAAGAUGCAGAAGCCUCUCUCCAGAACGACAAGACCUUCUGGAAAGGGCUCUUCCAGAAGGCAGAGACCCUGUACACUAUGGGGGACUUUGAGUUUGCCCUGGUCUUCUACCACCGUGGCCUCACGCUGCGCCCAGAGAUGCGGGAGUUCAAGGUUGGCAUCCAGAAGGCCCAGGAGGCCAUCAACAACUCCGUGGGAAGCCCGUCCUCCAUCCAACUGGAGAACAAGGGAGACAUCUACUUCCUGAGCAAGCAGGCGGAGAGUAAGAUGGCCCAGCAGAAACCCCUCGUGAGGCCCUUCCGCCCGGUUCCCGAGGAGCAACGGAGGGGCAAGGAUUCCCAAAAGAGCCAGAAGGCCACGCGCCAGCUGCUGGGGGAGCUGUACGUGGACAAGGAGUUCCUGGAGAAACUCCGCCAGGACAAAGAACUGAUGAAGAGCCCCAUGAAGGAGGGCACCACGGUGGAGUACCUCGUCACCAGCGGCCUCAAGUACCUGGACAUGCGUACCAACUUCUGGCGGCAGCAAAAACCCAUCUACGCCCGGGAGAGGGAACGGAAGCUGCUGCGGCGCAAGUGGAUGCGGGACCGCUCACAGCACCCGGCCGACCUGGCCAGGUACAUCCUCAAGAGCCUCGAGGACAUCGACAUGCUGUUAAUGAGCGGCUGCGCCGAGGGCAGCUACCGGAAGGCAGAGAAGGUGCUGAAGAAGGUGCAGGGGUGGAAACAGGAAGAGGUGCCCAACAAGGAGGAGGUGGUGGGCAACCUGCACAGCUGCAUCGGGAACGCGCAGAUGGAGCUGGGCCAGAUGGGGGCCGCCCUGCAGAGCUACCGGAGGGAACUGGACAUCGCCAGGCAGUGCAACCUUCCUGACUCCGAGUCCCGCGCCCUGGACAACAUUGGCCGCGUGUACGCAAAGCUUGGGAAAUUCCAGCAAGCCAUCGCCACGUGGGAAGAGAAGAUCCCGCUGGCCCGGAUGAGCCUGGAGAAGACGUGGCUUUUCCACGAGAUCGGCCGCUGCUACCUGGAGCUGGGUAGAGCAGCGGAGGCCCAGGCCUACGGGGCACGGUCCCUGCAGGCCGCCGAAGAAGAGGGGGAUGUCGAGUGGCAGCUCAACGCCAACAUCCUGGUGGCCCAGGCCCAAGUGAAGCUGAAGGACUUCGAGGCCGCCGUUACCAACUUUGAGAAGGCUCUGGAGUGGGCAAAAUUGGUGCACAACUGCACGGCGCAGAAGGCCAUCAUCAGCGCCCUGGACGAAACCAACAGGGGCAUCAUGGAGGAGCUGCGGGCUGCGGGUUUUGGCGACAUGGCCAAGUACAAGAGAGGCUUCGUCAAAGAGGGGGAAUCGAGCAGCACCGCAGACAAACCCAGGCUGGCUGACGGCGAGGGAGGGCAGGGGCCGCAGAGGGAGCAGGAGGGGGCCAAGCCGGGGAAGGACGGAGGAGGAGGAGCAGCUGAAGAGGCAGAGAGUGGGGCAGAGGACACCGGGGCCCCUGAGCAGGCCGAAGGAGGAGAAGAGGGGGAGACUGCACCUUUGGGGGACGGUGGAGUAGAGGGGGAGUCCGCGCCAUCCAAGGACGGGGACGCCGUGCCAUCGAGGGACGGUGAUUUGGCUGAAUGAGGCUGGGGGUAGCAGCGCGGGGCCAGCCCGCGGCCUCCCGCAAAUAAAUAUACACGGUCUCACCUUGGCGCUGGGCAGCGUGU